CCCCGUACCAAUAUGGCAGCAGUGCUUCUACAGCGAACACACGGCAGUGGCUGGGGAAUAAAUCAAGUGCACCUAUACGGUUUUUAGGUCACGUGUUGCAGGUUUUUCCGCGGGAUUGACGGCUGGAGCUGUGCUGAGCUGAAGAGUCAAAGAAAUGCCACCAAAGAAAAAGGCCAGAGUCAGUAAAAGGAAUGCAGGUUCAGGCAAAGAUGAUGACAGGGAGCCAGUGUCCCCAGCUUUGAAGAAGAGGAAAGCUGCAACUUCUGGUGGAAAAACUGACGAGAGCUCGGCGUCUUCUGGUUCUCCGCAGUACAAUCGCUGGCUGAUGAAGUCUGAGCCCGAGAGCCGCUUUGAGAAUGGCAUCGACGUAAAGUUUGGCAUCGAGGACCUGAAGGCUCUGCCUGAUCAGACCAGCUGCUGGGAUGGCGUUCGCAAUUAUCAGGCACGCAAUUUCAUGAGGCAGAUGAAAGAGGGACAGCUGGCUUUCUUUUACCACAGCAACUGCAAGGAGCCGGGGAUAGCAGGAAUCAUGAAAAUUGUGAAGGAAGCUUAUGUGGACCACACUCAGUUUGACAGGAAAGAUGUGCAUUAUGAUGCAACCAGCAAACCCGACGACCCCAAGUGGAGCAUGGUAGACGUCCAGUAUCAAAGGAUGAUGAAGCGUUUUCUUCCUCUGUCGGAGCUUAAAAAGUACCACCUGCAGCAUCGCGCUAAGGGGGGGCCCCUCAAGGACAUGGCGCUUUUUACAAGGGCUAGGCUCUCUGUGCAGCCUCUCACCACCGAGGAGUUUGACUUCAUCCUGAGUCUGGAGGACAAAGAGCCACUGUAAGGAUUUACUUCACAAUGCGGCACAAUCAUCACAAGUACCAUUGCUUCACUGUAACUGUUAAAGUCUAUUAAAGAUAUUAAAUGUUUUUAUUAGACAUCAUAGUCCAGAUUAAAUCUGUGAAAACACAAACAUGUGGUUAUGACUUGAGUUUCUAGGAACUGGAUGGAAAGCAGUGCCUCUUGUAUAAAGUAUAAACAGAAGCAGCAUUAAUUAUGGCUGGCCUUUGCUCUCAGAGUAGCGUCAA